GGGACCUUCUCCUUCUCCUUCUCCUUCUCACUGACAAGGAAAUUGCUGCUCUCUUCUUUUGAGACUUUGAUUGAUUGAGAAAACAGAGACUUUAGUUUCUCUUUUAUCAGAUGGUUUCUGCAAGAGCACCACCAGUUUUGAAGCUCUAAUAAGCUAGAACUGGACCAAUGAUGGAAAAAAGGGAGAUUCUUGAAGCAGAGGACAGUCUUGUAUUGCCACCUCCUCCUCCUUUAACUGUUGCAGUGGCUAUCAGUGGUAGUAAACAAAGUAAAUGGAUUCUCAGAUGGGCACUGGAGAAGUUCAUUCCGGAAGGGAGAAUUUUAUUCAAACUGUUGCAUGUUCGUCCAAAAGUUACUGUGAUCCCUACUCCUUUGGGAACCCUACUUCUUUCUCAAGUACGAGAAGAUUUAGCUGCUGAAUAUAAAAAGGUAGUGGAAAGACAAACAAGUGAGCUGCUUCUUCCCUACAAGCAAUUGUGUGCUAGAAGAAAGGUGCAAGUAGAUGUCAUGGUGAUUGAAGCAGAUGAUGUCGCAUGUGCAGUUUCAGAAGUAGUUUCCAAGUUCACAAUCAGCAAGCUUGUCAUAGGAGCAUCCCUUGGCUUGUUCUCAAGGAAACUUAAGGGUCAUACUUCAUCCUCAAGAAUCUCGGAAUGCACUCCCAGAUUUUGUACAGUCUACGUUGUAUCAAAAGGAAAUUUGGCAUUUGUGCGUCCAUCAACUUCAGUGGCAAACAUGGGUACCAAAAGUGAAAUCAGUGAUACAAGUGAAUCUGACAACAGUUCAAGUUAUGCUUCCAGCUUACUGACAAGAUCAACUCUAAACUAUUCUAGAGGUUCAUCUCUGGAUACUAAUGAUGUGGAGGACAUUAUGAGUUCAUAUUCGAAUGACAGAGACAUCAGAAAUGAUGGAAGUAUAUUUUCUAGGAAUGAAAGCUUUCGGAUAGAUAAUGGCUCACAGCUUUCUGCUUGUGCAUCCACCUCAGAAGCUCGAACAGAUUUUUAUUCAUCAGGAGCCCAGGUUGAUAUUAAUUUUGAGUUAGAAAGGCUGAGAAUUGAACUCAGACAUCUUAAGGGAAUGUAUGCAGUGGCUCAAAAUGAGAAAAUUGAUGCUUCUCGAAAGCUAAAUGACCUUAGUAAACGCCAGAUGGAAGAAGUAGUUAAGCUCAAGGAGAUCACCUCCAUGGAGGAGGAAACUAAAGAAUUGGCAAGACAAGAGAAAGAGAAACAUGAAGCAGCAAGGAAGGAAGCUGAAUACAUAAAGAAAUGUGCUGAAAGAGAAGCUUUAAAAAAGAAGCAAGUUGAGAUUAAAGCCAACCGCGAUGUGAGAGAGAAGAAAAAGCUUGAGAAAGCCCUUAUAACUCCUGUUCAGUCAUAUGCGAUUUUCACAUGGGAAGAGAUCGUAUCAGCAACAUCAUCAUUCUCUGAUAAUUUGAGGAUUGGAAUGGGAGCAUAUGGUACUGUUUACAAGUGUAGUUUGAAUUAUACGACAGCAGCUGUGAAAGUCCUUCACUCCAAAGAGAGUCAGUGGACCAAGCAAUUCGAACAAGAGCUUGAAAUCUUGAGCAAAAUCCGUCAUCCCCAUUUGCUUCUUCUUCUUGGUGCUUGUCCUGAUCACAGCUGCCUAGUUUAUGAGUACAUGGAGAAUGGGAGCCUGGAUGAGAGGUUGCUUCGAAACGAUGAUACACCCCCCAUCCCAUGGUUCGAACGGUACCGAAUAGCUUGGGAAGUAGCCUCUGCCUUGACUUUCCUACAUAACUCAAAACCAAAACCAAUUAUUCAUUGUGAUAUGAAACCAGCAAACAUCUUGCUUGAUCAUAACUUUGUUAGCAAGAUUGGUGAUGUAGGCCUUUCCAUGUUGCUUCCUUCAGACCAUUCUUCAGUAGCUACCAUGUACAGAGAUACAGGCCUUGUUGGGACUCUUUGCUACAUAGACCCUGAAUAUCAACGGACUGGGUUGAUCUCACCCAAAUCUGAUGUUUAUGCAUUUGGAAUGGUGAUCUUGCAGUUGCUAACAGCCAAACCUGCGAUUGCACUAACUGGCAUAGUGGAAGAAGCUAUAGAAACUGGUCACUUGAUGGACAUUUUAGAUUCGGAGGCUGGGGAGUGGCCAAUUGAAGAAACACGAGAAUUAGUUGUGUUGGGAUUGAGAUGUGCAGAACUACAACGUAUUGAUAGACCUGAUUUGAAGACACAAGUCCUUCCAGUUUUGGAGAAAUUGAAAGGGAUUGCUGAUAAGGCCAGAGAUAUGGCACCAACUUUCAGAUCAUCCCCACCACAACAUUUCAUCUGCCCAAUACUUCAAGAUGUAAUGGAUGAUCCCUGUGUUGCUUCGGAUGGCUAUACAUAUGACCGCAAAGCGAUUGAGUUAUGGCUCAAAGAGAAUGAUAUCUCACCAAUGACUAAUUUAUCUUUACCCAGUAAGGAUCUUUUACCAAAUUAUAGUCUUCUCUCUGCAAUUAUGGAGUGGAAGUCCAGAAGAUAAUGGCACCUGACCCUCCUUCCGCUGAAGAUCCAUGGGCUUUCUCUGGUCUUGAAGAUUGGGUUUUUAUUUUCCUGUAAACUUUCUUGUAAAUAUAUAGUUGUAUAUAAUAUUUUGAAAGGAAAAUGUGGAUUGAUACGCAUGUCCACUAAAGUCUUGACAGGGUUGUGGUGCACAUUUUUCAAUCUCAACUACAUUAUACACAUUGUGAUAACUGAUAAUGAUGUUUUGCCCAUAGGAGCAAAGAAAAA